AAAGAAUCUGGAUCAUCUGAAGUCAGCCAGAAUGACUUUUACAAAUAUACACUGAGGGGAGACCAGCCCAGUGGGCGGAGUUAUGAAAUAAGCUCUGACAAAACUAAGACAGCAACAUUUCUGCCUUCAUUCGUUUGGCAGAAAUGGGACUUAUUCACUCUAUUCCACGCGGUCCUCCUCUGAGGAUCGUGAUGCUUGGAAAAACUGGAGUUGGGAAAAGUGCUGUUGGUAACACUUUGGUUGGUAAAAAACUGUUCAAAUCUUCUGCAAGCGCCAAAUCAGUGACGGAGAACUGUCAGAUUGAACGAGUCAAUUCCUCCAGAGUGAUUCACGUGAUUGACACACCAGGCAUUCUGGAUACCACGAAGACAGCUGAGACCAUAAAGAAAGAAAUCAUGAAGUGCAUCCAAAUGGCAUCGCCGGGUCCUCAUGCCUUCUUGCUGGUCAUCCAGGUUGGCCGCUUCACAAGAGAGGAAGAGAACUGCGUGGAAGCAUUCGAGAAGCUCUUUGGAGCCAAGGCAUCCAAAUUCAUGAUUGUCCUGUUCACACGUGGUGAUGACUUAAGGGGCCGAUCCAUCCAGCACUAUGUCUCAAACGGUCACCCCAAACUACGGGAAGUCAUCAACAAGUGCCACAACCGCUACCACGUCUUCAACAACAAAAGUCGAAACAGGACUCAAGUGGUUAAGUUGAUUGAAAAGAUUGAUGAAAUGGUGGCAGCGAAUGGAGGUCGCUAUUUUGACGAUGAAAUGUUUGAAGAGGCUACUGCCAAUUUGAAACUUCAGGAAGAAAACAAACAGGAAGAAGAGGAGCAACAGAUCACCACCACUGAAACAGAAGAGCAGGUGGUGAGCAGCUACAUUUCUCAUGAUUUGAUGCGGAGAGUCAUCCUCUUCCAGGCCAUCAUUGCUGCUGCCAUGCAGGAUAAUCCCAUCCUGCCUGCUCCACCCUGACUUCUUCACAAACACAGACUAUAAUUAGACUUUUGUGAAAUUUCAUACUGUCUUCUUAAGUUAACUAUUUAAACAGUUCUUUUAGUCAGACAGGGAAGAUUGUUUUACCUGCUUUACAUGUUUUGGCUACUUCCUGUAGCCUUCCUCAGAAGCGUCACAAGAUGGGGAAGUGACGUGUCCUGUAGGCUGCUACUUCUUGGUUUGGCCAGACAGCAGGGGGAACCUACGCCCCCUACUGUCUGACGUCUUCUCCAGGACGGCAUCCCAUGUAUGUGAUAGGGUGUAGGCCCCCUCAUCCCGAUUCAUGCUUCUUGGACUUCGCUUGCGGAUCUCGAUGGCCUCUCUGAUCCAGCGGUGGUAUUUGUUGCUUUCAGCACGUAUGACCCUGGCAUUGGUUCAGUCCAUGAUGUGAUUUUUCCUCUUGCAAUGGUCAGAUAUGGCUGAUUUGAGAUUUUCCUGCUCAGCUUGUUCUUUUAUUGCUCUUGUUUGUCUGUUGGCUCUCUUUUUCACAUUCUUUUUGAUGUUCAUUUUUCCUUGUUCCAAAUUGUCUCCCUGUCUCCCCAAUGUAUGUGUUGUUGCAUGAUAGGCAUGGUAUUUCAUAUAUUACAUCGCAUUUGUGUUCUGGUUUUAUCUUGUCCUUGGGCCUGACUAAAAGCUGUCUGAGUAAGUUGGAGAGGAAAUGGCGUCUCACUAAUUUAGAAGAUCUUCACUUAGCCUGGAAAAAGAGUCUGUUGCUCUAUAAAAAAGUCCUCCGUAAAGCUAGGACAUCUUUCUACU